UCUUCUUUGCCUCCUCCUCCUCUUCCUCCUGUAUGAGUCAGGCGUUUCCCGGGGAUUUGGAGCAGCCACGCGCGGCCCGGGUGCCCGGAGCUGUAGCCGCCGCCGCGCCAGGAGCUCCAGCGCCGGGGUCGCCACCGCUGCGGGCACCCGCGUCCCAGCCGCGCGCGAACCAUGGAGAGGGCGGCCCAGGGCGCAGACGGCGGCGGGGGCAGCAACAGCAGCAGCCGCAGCAGCAGCCGCGCCACCUCGGCGGGCUCCUCGCCCUCCUGCUCCCUAGCGGGCCGGGGGGUCUCCGGUCGGUCGGCGGCCGCCGGGCUCGGCGGCGGGGGCAGCCGCAGUAGCCCGGGCUCGGUGGCCGCUAGCCCGUGCGGGGGAAGCGGCCGGCGGAGGGAGCCGGCGCUCGAGGGCGUUCUCAGCAAAUACACCAACCUCCUCCAGGGCUGGCAGAACAGGUACUUUGUGCUGGAUUUUGAGGCUGGUAUCCUGCAGUAUUUUGUGAAUGAGCAAAGCAAACACCAGAAGCCCCGAGGGGCCCUGUCUCUGUCUGGCGCCAUCGUGUCCCUGAGUGACGAAGCGCCUCAUAUGCUGGUCGUGUACUCUGCCAAUGGGGAGAUGUACAAACUGAGAGCUGCUGAUGCAAAAGAGAAACAGUUCUGGGUGACUCAGCUUCGAGCUUGUGCCAAAUACCACAUGGAGAUGAAUUCUAAGACGACUCCAAGCUCCCGAAGCCGAAGUCUCACUUUGCUCCCCCAUGGAACACCCAAUUCUGCAUCUCCCUGUAGCCAGAGACACCUCGGUGCGGGGGCCCCCGGCGUGGUCACAAUCACACAUCACAAGUCGCCUGCUGCCGCCCGAAGAGCGAAGAGUCAGUAUUCCGGCCAGCUUCAUGAAGUCAGAGAGAUGAUGACCCAGGUGGAGGGACAGCAGAAGAACCUGGUGCAUGCCAUCGAGUCUCUGCCGGGGUCCGGGCCCCUGACUGCCUUGGACCAGGACCUGCUGCUCCUGAAAGCUACCUCUGCUGCCACCCUCAGCUGCCUUGGGGAGUGCCUGAGCCUGCUCCAGCAGAGCCUGCACCAGGCCAGUCAGCCCAGCCACAGGCCCGGGGCGUCGGAAAGCAUCCUGGGAUGGCACGGGCCUAAGUCACACUCCACAGAGCAGCUGAAAAAUGGGACACUGGGCUCUUUGCCAUCGGCCAGCGCCAGCAUAACCUGGGCCAUUUUACCCAACUCCGUGGAGGAUGAACAAACCUGCCCGCCAGAGCCAGAGCCAAACUCAGGCCCCGAAUUGGUUUUGUCAGAAGAUGAGAAAAGUGACACUGAAGAUCAGGAAGAGACAGAAGUGGGUGUCAUGGAGGAUCAGCGCAGUGUAAUCCUUCACCUCAUUUCUCAGCUCAAACUUGGAAUGGAUCUGACCAAGGUGGUGCUUCCCACGUUCAUUCUCGAGAAGCGGUCCUUGCUGGAGAUGUACGCAGACUUCCUGGCACACCCAGACCUGCUGCUGGCUGUCACCACAGGGGCCACGCCACAGGACAGGGUCAUCGGCUUCGUGGAGUAUUACCUCACCGCCUUCCACGAGGGCCGCAAGGGCACCCUGGCCAAGAAACCCUACAACCCCAUCAUCGGCGAGACGUUCCACUGCUCCUGGGAGGUUCCCAAGGACAGGUUCAAGCCCAAGAGGACUGCCGCCCCUACUCCCUCCGGCCAUGAACACCCGAUGGCCGACGACCCUUCCAAGAACUACAAAAUGCGGUUCGUGGCCGAGCAGGUGUCCCACCACCCGCCCAUCUCCUGCUUCUACUGUGAGUGCAAGGAGAAGAGGCUGUGCAUUAACACUCACGUAUGGACCAAAAGCAAGUUCAUGGGCAUGUCCGUGGGGGUCUCAAUGAUCGGGGAAGGUGUGCUGCGGCUCCUGGAGCACGGGGAGGAGUAUGUGUUCACCCUGCCCAGUGCCUACGCCCGGUCUAUCCUCACCAUCCCUUGGGUGGAGCUCGGAGGAAAAGUCAGCAUCACCUGCGCCAAGACUGGGUACUCAGCAACAGUGAUCUUCCACACAAAGCCUUUCUACGGGGGGAAGGUCCACAGGGUCACAGCAGAAGUGAAGCACAACCCGACCAACACCAUUGUGUGCAAAGCCCACGGGGAGUGGAAUGGGACCCUAGAGUUCACCUACAACAACGGGGAGACCAAGGUCAUUGACACGACCAUGCUGCCAGUGUACCCCAAGAAGAUCCGACCCCUGGAGAAGCAGGGCCCCAUGGAGUCCAGGAACCUCUGGCGGGAGGUAACCCGAUGCUUGCGGCUGGGGGACAUCGACGCUGCCACCGAGCAAAAGCGGCGGCUGGAGGAGAAGCAGCGCACAGAGGAGCGGAAGCGGGAGAACCUCCGCACUCCCUGGCGGCCCAAGUACUUCAUCCAGGAGGGUGACGGCUGGGUAUACUUCAAUCCGCUUUGGAAGGCACACUAAUGGGUGGAGAUGCAGAACUUUCAGAAACGGUCCUGUUUUUAGAGGAAUUAAAGUGGUACAGUAUCAAGGUUCUUCUGGUAUUCCCUGAGACCUCUUGCAUUCAAGACAUGGUACCUGAGAGGGAAAUUAUGUACUGUGAAAAAUGCACCCCCAGACUCUACUAUGGGAUUGAAUUUAUUCAAGAGCCAUUUGGGGCAUGCGUGUGCACACACAUCUGUGUGCAAGCUCUCGGCACACUGUAUGUUCACACGCAUGCGCUAUGUCUGCUGGAUAUUAUUACACAUGUAAAUAGUGCACUUAACAAUAUUGAAGUGGGUAAUUAUGAGCUCCUUUUUAUCAAUGAGGUUUGAAGUUUUCUACUUUUCACUUUGCCAAAUACUUUUGCACUCACAAAGUAUUCUCCAGUUGACAACUCCUGUUCAAACAAAGGUGAACUGGCGUGGCCCUACUGCUGUCCAUCUGGUAGAAGGUGGUUGUCAUUUCAGAAUAAUCGCUGUGCUUCCCAUUCCCCUCCCAAGUCAACAUUUGUUUGUCCAUAUGCAAGACAGAUCAACUGCCAUUUCCUGCUGGAUGGGGAGCGGGCAGGACGCUGUUAAAGGUUUAUGCCGGAGCCUUCCAGGAUGGAGCACCCCUGGGAGAGCCCAGAGCCAGGCCUACCUUGGAAUGUUCCUCCCACCUCCUUGCCCCAGAAGCUUUCUGAUAAUUUCUCAUGCUCAAAGCUCUAGUCAUACAAUUUUCAGAAGCUGCUUCUUUCAUGGUAGAAAACAAGUCAUAUGGAGACUGCACUACUUUUAUCUUGAAAAAAGGGCUUUAGAAAUGAAAUACACGCAUUGCAAACAUGCAGUGUUUGCAAAGGUGCACCACCACAGCCUCAAUCUUAUAUUUCAUUUGGGGAAAGAGAAAAGAAUAUCCUGUGGAUUUUUUUUAAAGUGCACCUCUUGUUUGACCCGAAUUCUGCAAGGAAACCACUGUGAUUAAAACAUCCAUAAAGCCUGCAUAAGUGUUUCAUGGUUUCAGUUCAGUUUCAGUCUUCAGCCUUUACAAAUGAGGUCAAGACAUGACCAGAAUAUAAGAAAGCAAGGAGAAAAUGAAGUAUUUGAUCUUUGCUCAAUGCUUAAUUUAUUUUUUACUGUGCCACUCUAAUGAGAAUAUUUAUACAAUCCAGUAGCAUGAAUGCUUCUCUGUAGUAAUACUAAUUUUGUGCCUUUUGUCUGCUUUCUUAAGACCAAUUGUUCACACUUUGUAGAUAUUAGACAAAUAUAUUUC